AUGGGGCUCCCAGGAGAGCCCUCCGGGGCCCCAACCACAGCCGGCACCACCAUGGCCGUGCCGGGGCUGGCUCCAGAUCUCAUCGCCACACUGCACUGGCCCCGCUGGGCUCUCAUUGUCUUUGCUGUUGCGGCUGGGGCCCUCCUGCUCUGCUGCGCCGUCUGCUGCUGCCGCUGUCGCCACCACAGAAAGAAGUCACGGGACAAGGAAACCGUGGGCCUAGGCAGCGCCCACAGCAUCACCACCACCCACCUGGUGCAGCCACAAGUGGACGACCUGGAGCCGGGUACUGCCAGGCAGUGGGGGCGCCUGCAACUCUCCCUGGAGUAUGACUCAGGGACCCAGCAGAUCAAGGUGGGCCUGAGGCAGGCCACCGAGCUGAGGGCAGCGGGCACAGUGGACUGCUAUGCCCGCGCCAGUGUCUCCACGCAGCCGGGACACAGACACGAGACCAAGGUGCACCGGGACACACUCAGUCCUCAGUUUGAUGAGACCUGUUGCUUUCAUGUGCCCCGCACGGAGCUGCCCCAGGCCACACUGCUGGUCCAGCUACUGCACUUCAAGCGCUUUUCAGAGCAUGAGCUGUUGGGCGAGCUCCAGCUGCCGCUGGGCACCCAGGAUCUACAGCACGUGCUGGAGCGCUGGCACCCGCUGGGCCCGCCAGGCAGCGCCCAGUCCGAGCAGGUUGGGGAGCUGUGCUGCUCCCUGCAGUAUGUGCCGGGCUCGGGCCGGCUCACCGUGGUGGUGCUGGAGGCCCGAGGGCUGAGUACCAGCCAGGCAGAGAGCUUUGUGAAGGUGCAGCUGGUCCUGGAGCAGAGGAAGUGGAUGAAGGCCAAGACCUCAGCCAGGAAGGGCACAGCUGCCCCAUACUUCAACGAAGCCUUCACCUUCGCCGUGCCCUUCAGCCGGGUCCAGAACGUGGACCUGGUGCUGGCUGUCUGGGCCCGUGGCCUGCACUUCCGGACUGAACCGGUGGGCAAAGUGUGGCUGGGUGCACGAGCUUCGGGCCAGCAGCUGCAGCACUGGGCGGACAUGCUGGCCCAUCCCCGGCGGCCCGUGGCCCAGUGGCACCGGCUGCAGCCCGCCCCCGAGGUAGACCGAGCUCUGGCCCUGCAGCCGCGCCUGCGCCUGUCCCGACCUCGACCCUGAGCCCCAGCCUU